CAAGCGGAAAGGUCUGUACACGCUCAUGUAGAAAAGAGGUCUAAUAAUCAGUGAGUGAACCAUGGAUGUGUUGGGUCCUUCAACUAAGCAGGAGGGACUUCGCAACCAGCUUGAGGUGGAAAAGACGCUCGAAAAAAUGGACAUGGACGGUUAAAGAUGAAAGGAGUGCCUGUUGGUUACUGAAACAUGACAAAUCAUGGAGAGUGGAAGAAAAACCAUUUAUCAGAAAGUUGGAGCUGACAACUGUUUUUUUUUCUGCAGUGUCGUACAUAGGUCAGUUCUUGAGGCCCGAGUACAGUGGAAGACAUGAUGCUCCUUCCCUUCUGACGAACACUGCAGGCAUGAUACAAAAGGUGCAUUUUCCUUCUUUGAGGAGCAGUGAUAUGGACACCAGGUGUGGUGACGUUCAGCUCUCUGUGGGUGUGUGUGGGAUAUUGUGUCAGGGCUAAAGCCCAUCCCUCUCCCAUGAGCCUGUGUGCCCACACACACACCUGGCGCCUCCACGCACACACCCGGCGCCCACACACGCACAGUCGGCACUGACGCUGUGAACUGGACCCUCGGAGCCCAGCAGAUCCCAGCGGAGCCAAGCGGAGCGGAGUCUAGCCCAGUUGGAGCCUGAGGAUGUCAACAGAGACAGAGCUACAGCCAGCGGUCAGGCCCAGCAGUGUCAGACGGGACUCCAAGAGAAAAGGGCAGGAUCGCAGCGAGGCGGCUCUCAUCAGGCGUUUUAAGGGCGAUGGCGUCCGCUACAAGGCCAAGCUCAUCGGCCUGGAUGAGGUCACCGCAGCCCGUGGAGACAAACUGUGCCAGGACUCGAUGAUGAAGCUCAAGGGUAUAGCUGCAGCAGCGAGGUCUAAAGGAGAACACAAACAGAAAGUGUUUCUGACUGUUUCCUUUGGAGGGAUCAAGAUCUUUGAUGAGAAGUCAGGGGUCCUUCAACACCACCAUGCGGUCCAUGAGAUCUCCUACAUUGCCAAGGACAUCACGGACCACAGAGCCUUUGGCUAUGUCUGCGGGAAGGAAGGGAACCACCGCUUCGUAGCUAUCAAGACUGCACAGUCGGCUGAGCCUGUGAUUCUGGACCUGCGGGACUUGUUCCAGCUCAUCUAUGAGAUAAAGCAGAGAGAGGAGAUGGAGAAGAAGGCCCAGAAAGACAAGCAGUGUGAGCAGGCGGUCUACCAGACAAUACUGGAGGAGGAUCUGGAGGACCCAGUCUACCAGUACAUUGUGUUUGAGGCGGGACACGAGCCCAUCCGUGACCAAUCAGAAGAGAGCAUUUAUCAGGUUCCCACCAGUCAGCAGAAGGAAGGGGUCUAUGACGUCCCAAAGCGACACCCAAACGGACAUCAAAACACCUCCCACCAUCAUCAUUAUCAUGAUCAACCCCACCAACAAGAAAAAACUGUGGCAGAGGCAAAUCUGAUAGACUUAGGCCUGGAUAUGGUGACUCAGAAUAUCAACCAAUUAGAGAUUUUUGGAGACAUGUCCACACCUCCUGACAUCACCUCUCCAUCGACCCCUGCCUCUCCAGCCAACACCCUCGACCCGUCGCAGGGCCUGCAGCCUCCCACGGAACUGUUUGCUCCCUUCAAUCCCGCGUCUGUGCCCUCAGGUUAUGUGACGAUGGGAGCAGUACCACCUGGCCACUGGUCCCAGCAGGCGUUUGCAGCCCAAACACCACUGGCCUUUGGGGUCCAGUCUCCUCUAGGUCCAGUAGCCCAGGUGCUGCCAGGUGGCCAGCCUCUCAUCUGGGGCCAGGCCAACAUCUUCCCUGCCACCCAGCAGCAGUGGGCAGCCAUGGCAGCCGGAGCCUUCCCCCCUACAGCCUACCUCCCUGCCCAACCUGUGGGCACCCUGCCCGCCGCCAUGUUCCAGACUCUCGCCCCUGUCACGACUGUGACUCCAGCCGGCGAGAGCCAUUUAGGUGCAGGAGCCAGCGCCUCAGCCCCCUCUCCUUCAGCGUCGUCGAGUCCGCAACACGGGGAGCGGGGGAAGAAGAUGGCCAAGGAGAUGUUCAAGGAUUUUCAGCUGGCAAAGCCUCCGGCCAUGCCAUCAAAGAAGGGUGAACAGCCCAACUUAGCAGGAACCUCAGAGGCAUUCAGCACUUACUUCAGCCGUGUGGGCACUGCCCAGGACACGGAUGACUGUGACGACUUCGACAUUUCCCAAAUGAAUCUGACACCAGUCACCUCCACAACACCAUCCACCAACUCACCACCCACCCCAGCUCCCAGGAAGAGCUCUCCCUCCAAGUCCUCCGCCUCCCAUGUCAGCGACCCCCCCACCGACGCCACAGAUCCCCCCACAGACGACUCGUUUGGGGAAGCAGAGGGCAGCCCUAGUCGCAGUGGAGAGGAAGAUGCUGCAUGUGGUUCUGGGUCGCCCUGCCCCAGUGAGACAGCUGAGCCCAGCCCAGACCAGGCCAGUCCAGAGGCUGGGAGCUAGAUAGCAGCAGGGCAGGGGGAAGGACCCUCUCUACGCCCAGAUCAACAAAGGGAAGAAAUAAAGAGACACACAGGAAGACAGACCUGACCAGCACUGAGAGAACAGGAGGAGAACCCUCGUCUUUGUGUGUGUGUGUCUGUGUGUGUUUGUGCGUGUGAAUGAGCGAGUCAGUGAGUGAGUGAGUGCGUGCGUGCUUGUGUGUGUCUGGUACAUCUCCCUGCCUGGCCAAGCCCUUCUUCUUCUUCUCCUCCUCUGGCUAACAACCUCCCAGGAGGAGCCUCCACACUCCCUCUGUCCUCCUCUACCACCUGUGCUCCUCCUCCUCCUCUCUGCAGUCUUCUCUCCUCCUGAGAGGAGAGAGCCCUCUCGGUCAUUCACUCCAGGCAGGAGGGAUAUCAAUCACUGAGACGGAUCCAGUUCUCCCUCCACUGCGCUGUCUUCUCCUCUCCUCUCUUCUCCCUGUGGCGACUCACACCCAGCCUUACAGACAUAACCUGCUCCUCCCCUCUCUCCCUCCCUCCUUCCUUUUCUCCAUCUUUGCUUUCACACUUCUCCCUCUGCCUCCUGUGUCUGGCCAGAGACUGUGCUGCCAAGGAGGGACUGAAUCAAGCAGUGCCUCCCCGUCUCCGACACACACCCACACACGCACGCUCAUCGGGAUUAGAAUGGUCAUCGUUUUAAUGGACAGAAUCUGCAUCUGUACCACAGAGAUCCCACAGGAGGAGCUAGACUCUAAUGGGCCUAUCAGGGAUGGCCUGUUACUGGGAUCACUGCUUCUGAUUGGUUGGUUGGUUUCAGGCGUUUCCCCCCAUUCUUGUGAGUGUCUGCUGGAUCACUAUGCAGAAACAGACUCUCUGGGAGCUACUCACACACUAACAAUACACAUACAGUGCACACAGCAAUCAGCUUACAUACACACACACACACACAUAGUCAUCCCUCACCUUCUCUAACAUGCACACACACACACAGACCCACACACACACACGAACACACAGUAAUUUGCCAAAUGUCUCUCCUCGCAGACAGACUCGUACAAAGGCCAGAGGACCAGACAAACUGAGGAAUGGACCCUGAGAGAGGGAAGUGUUGCAAGUCAAACAGAUUCUGUGAUUGAACUGUUCAUUCUCUAUAGCUUUUGUACAAUACCAAUUAAAAAAAAGAACUAAUUGAAAAAUGGAAUUUUUAUUUUAUAAGUCAAUCAAGCCGCUGGGGUCAGCUCUAUAGGAGUUAUAGAGUCAACAUGGCUUUAAGGCAUCUGAUCGUUGAUUUGCCAAACUCAUUUUGUAAAUAAUGAUAACAACUACCAUUUUGUCCACCGGACUUCUGUGCCAUAAAAUAGGAAGGCUUCAGUUAUGCAAACUCUUAACGUUAACCCAAGCAAUACCAACAUAUGUUUUCUUUUUUCCUGUUUUCUGACAAUGUUUUGUUGCGCUCUUAAUCCCUCUGAUAUCGUUCUGUUCUUGUGCAUGGAUGUCGUAGGUCUUUGUCUUAGCCUCACUUACUAAUCCUGGUUCCUGCUGCAACAUUGCGCCAUGCCCUUAUUCAUCUUCUCAAGUCCCUACCAUCACACAUUAUUGUUAUUCCCAUCACAAUUUAGCUUCUGCUGUUUAUCUUACUCAAAACCUAUAUACCACCGCCCUGUGUUCCUGUGCCACAAACCUAUAUUUCUGUAUUACACCUCUAUGUUUCAGGCAGCAGACACGGUCUCAGUCACUGUAGCUCCUCCAUACCAUUCCCCAAGAAUAGCCGUAAAGAUACAGUGAUGUUCUGCCCAUCUGUCUGUCUGUUGGUCAGGUGCCAAACUGCUGCUGUCCGAGCGUCUGUGUGGACCACAGCAUCCUCUGCUACAACUACAUCAACUGUGAUGCCAAUGACUCCCUAUUUUAUGGCCAGAGUCCCCAUGUCACUUGAGAACUCUUUUGGACUACGAUGUUGAUUAACUUCAAAAUUUGACAACUAGAAGAUGAGCUAAGAAAUUGAAUAAAAAGGGAAACGUUGCUGUUUGAGUACAUAACAUUUCUAGACCUAUUUUAACUUUACCUCAGCUAACAGUUUCUUAAUGUAAAUUGACACAUUAUUUUUAUCUUUAUGAAUAUGACAUUCUACAGUGGGUUUUUAGAUGAUUUUUUUGUUCUCUCUUAAUUUACGUAUUCCACCAUGUAUUACUGUUAAAAAUAAACACAUCCCAAAUGACUAA